AAAGAACAUUGUCUCUGGGUGAGGGAGCUUCCGACUUCCACAAAGGAUGUGAUUUAUGCAAAGAUGGUAGGAUUCAAGCUAAUGAGUUGUAGAGGUUUAUCCACAUAUCCUGCAGGUGCUCAAGGUAUUACCGCUUGCCUCUGUUGUUUCUGUAGCACUGACAGCAGAAUUAAACGUUUGCCAGUUCUUUGGGUCCUGUGGUUCACUGCUGGCAUCCUGGCUUAACUUGCAAAAGGACAGUUGUUUUCUGCUGAUAUAACAGACCAUGAGCUGUUUGAUCUGAAGCACAGAGGACACAAAUGUCAAAUGGGAGUGAGACAAACACUUGGCUGCAACAUAUUAACUGUGAUACAUAAAUAUACCAGAGCCCUUUAGUCCAAGCUUUGGUAUUUGUCCUUAUCCUUGUAGUCUGAUUUGUUUUCAUGAUUACACUUUAAAAACUUUCGGAACAAGAGAUCUGAAACUGGUAUAAAGUAACUUUUAAGUAGUUUUGAACUCCUUAACAAUAGUUAGAACAAGAGAGACAAAUGCCUUUAGUUUCCAAUCUAGGAACUGUCAGUACUGUUGUGCAUAAUCAAGUGUAAAUAAUACAUUUGUUUGUCAAAUAGUAGGAGGUCUUUGAGUGCUUGCAGUAGGGAUUUGACAUCCUUGAAAUGAAGUGUGAGGUGGGCAACAAGAUUCUUCUGUCUGGAUGGAGGAUGGAUGAGAAGACUCCCCAGAAAACAACAGAAGAGUGAAUUGUAAAUCUUAAGUAGGCUUCCACCAUUGCAGUUUCUCCUAGGACUUGACUGGAGAGCCACACUACUGUGCUUUGAAAGAGACAGUCGGGAGGAACAAAUGGCAAGAAGCUAGAAAUGAGACCUCUACUAAGAAUGUUAUUAAAAUAGCAUUAGAGAGGAGGUGAAAAGAAAAUGGUAUUUAGUCAUGGGGAACUAACUUCAUGACACGUUCACUGGAAGAGCAAGGUUCAGGCUACCCAGAAUGGCAGUUCCAGGUAGCUCUCAGACUAGCUAGGGUGCCACAGCAGCUAGGCACUCUGUUGUCAAGUAGGAGAGAAGCAUUUUUGCAAUUUUAUUUUUUUGUUCUGCUUCACUGUCUGUGUUAAAUUAAUGUUUUUGCCUUGGUAUUUUCUUCAGCGAUAUCUAUUGAGUGGCUAGAUACACUAAAUGGUCUUCUAUUCCAUUAUGUAUGGCCAUUCUUAAACCCAGGGUUUCUAGCACUCCACAGUUAUUCGAGCAUAGCCUAAAUUAUACAAUAUUCUUUCCAGAAAGUGUUCAGGUCAGACUGAGCAUAGCACACAGGUCUUUGAAAGAAGUGCCUAGUGGGUUCUUAUUAGCCAGAAAAGUACUGUGGCUUGCAGCAGCCUGGGAGGGAUUUUUCCUCAUGACCUCCUGAAUGCCAAGGGAGUUGCUAUGAUUUUCCUUAGCUCUACUUUUAGUUACUGCAGCAGAAACUACUAGUAUGGGAUUCUGUGCUAAAAUAUUUCUAUUCUCUUGCCUUUGUUUUAUGGCAUUUUUACAGCUCAUUUAUUAAGAAUGGGAAAUGUUUAUUAAAAAGUGAAAGGUGAUAAAGCACAAAUAUCUGUCUGAUGUGCUAUGGGGUCUAUUCCCUGCUGCUGAGACCCAUGAUAAACUACUGUUGUCUUGCUCUGUUGGCUGAAAAAAAGCCCACGGUGUGACAAUGAUGAUAAGACUUCCAAAUGUUUGGCUCAUGUUUAGGCAUGUAAUACCUUAUUUUGCUAAAGCUUUAUUCCUUAUCUUGCUUAGAUAUUGCGAGUCUAAAAAAUUUUUCAUGGCUCAAAGAAUGUGCAGUUGAUUCUUCCAUGUGUCCCCACUGCGUGUCAUUUGCUGACAAAAUGAAAUACUGAAGUUGCAUUCUUACUGUGUAAAUCCACAGAAAACCCAUUCCACGAAUCAGACUUUAUUAGUAGGACGCAUUUAUAAUCAUCCAGAUGUAGCUGCAUAGAUUGCUUUGGCACUUUUAUCUUUUUUUACUUCAGUAUGGUCUUACAAGCUCUGGCAUGAGGAUAGCUAUAAAGCAGCUGAGAAUGGAAAAUAUCUGUUAAAAAUCAAAUAUGACAUGUUCAUCCUGGAUAGGAAUGUACUUCUUGGUUAUACAACUAUCGUUCUGUAUUUAACUGCAUUUACAAGAUCUGUCUUGUUACCUUCUUAAUAGUUCACAGGUUAUUCGACACUCCCUUGGGCUAUAAAUUAUGUGCACAUGCCUACUGACGAGUGAUUUAUUAUUUUUAUUAAAAAAAACCAACCCCGUUACAUCCCACAUUUCACUGGAAAGAGGCUUCUUUGUGCACCAAGCCUUUAAAUUGUGACCAGCCACUUACUUAUUGCUUUCACUUUUUCGGAUCGUGUUGCUAAAGGAUCUCAGUCAACUCCUCUCACCAUGAAGAGUUUUGCUCUUCUUUUCCUAGUAGUCAUCUGUGGCAUGGGAGGAUUGGGACAGAAGCUGAAGCCAAAGAAAAGAAGCAAUGGUGAAGAAAUCAAUUUUCGGACUAAAACCAGAGAUGUUUGCACAAUGAGCAUGAGUGGGGACGAGGAGAUGAAACUUAGAAUUGAAUGCAAAAGCCAAGGCAUGUCCUACUGGUGUGAAUUCACUGGCAAGCCAUCAGUCUGUCGUGCUUUCAGAAACAAUCCAAAGAUUUACUGGAAUCAGAUUGCCGUGGAACUUAGAAAGCUCCCACAUGCUUGUGAAUCCACACAAGUGUUGAAGACCACCAUGUGCCAAAAGGCUCCCACAGAGGCUCUCAUGAAGCAAAUAGCUGCUGGUAUGGAGCCGGAAGAUCUAGCAAACCAAGACAAAUCAGUCCAGAAAACUUCCACUUCUAUGAGGGGAGCAGGGAAAAGCUCUGUUAAGAAAAUAGGGAAACUUCCAAUACUACCUCUUAUAAGACCAACCCAACAUGGUCAAGGGUCUGAAAAUGAAACGGAAGCAAUGAAACUGGCACGGGAACAUUGCUGGGAAUCCCUGCAUGGUUUCUGCUCCUACAUUAUCGGCAUCUUUAGAGGUUAAGGAUUUGCUUCAGGUAAAACUCUCAUCUUAAAGCACAGCAAAACAUACCUAAGAGUAAUCCUGUUGUAGUUUUGUUUUAUUUUUAUCUUGGGGGUCUCUCAGGGGUGUGGACAGGGAGGUUCUAGGCUUGCUUACUAAAAUCUAAUGUGGUAAAGCCUGUACUGUGGCUUCUGAGGCACUGGACAGCUUAAACUCCCAGUGAUGGCUACUAGUUCAGGACGCCCUGACAGCCUGCUGUGAGGUCUUUAGUAUGUGCCAAGAUGUUUGUCCUAUCUGUUAUUAAUCUCACGGUAUUUCAGUUCUAAGUGUUUGAAUUGGACUUGUUUUCUGCCAUCUGUCAUUCCUUCCCUCCUCUGCUGACUUUUGGAUUUAAGCCACUGAAUUAAGAUUGUUAACAAAUGCAUCAGCUAGAACAACUUAAAACUACAUUCAGAAUUGAGAGGAUAAAGUUUGUACAUCAAAACUGCUAGUUAAUCAUUAACCAUUUUGAUUUUAAAAAUUCGUUCAUAACCAAUGUGCAGAAAUGAGUAAAACCAAGUGGACUGUCUUGGGUUGCGGGUCUGUUUCUGUAGCGGCGAUAGGGGUUCGCAUGCAGGUACUUUUCAGCCAGCCUUAAAAAAGGCAAAACCCUCACCGAAGUGAUUGGGUUUAUACCCACUUCCAUUUUGGCUUACAACACCAGGAGCUGGUGACUAAACCUGGCAAACUUGUGACAGAAAUGGGAAUAUUUCAUAUUCCUGGCAUAAGCCAGCAAGUGUUUAGGCUGCUAAUGAUCUUGUGCUUAAGGCAGCAAAGUGACUAAUUUUUUUUCUCUUUUGUUUUGCAGAGCAAAAUUUUUACAGCGGAAGAAGGGUCUUUGCUGUAGUUUAAUAAUUUAGAUGUAAGAAUUUUGGUUUAAAAAAUGAGUCAUCUUUGUAAAUCUUGCAGUUGUUUUCUCUUUGCACCCCUAAAAUGAAACUUUUUAACAGCCCUGAAAAAUGCAUGAAACUGGAGCAUUAGGAUGAACGAACUGUUCGUUGGUGUGUGACACACCAAGGCGCACUGCACUUAUGUAACCAAGGGUCCUCUUCAGGACUGUGUCUGCUGAUUCGCUUCAAUUUGUUAGAGAUUAAAGCUGUAAAUGAUGCUACAGUUAGUGCAAACAAUAAAAGUAAGAUUUUUUUGAAAACAUA